AUGCCAGUGGGUGAUGUUACAGUGACACUGGAGGACGUGUUAUACUUAUUCGGCCAACCGAUUGACGGAGAGGUUGUGACUGGUUGGACCGAUAGCAGUCACGACUUCUUGGUCGCCCAGAGUCUCGCAAUAUUCAGCAGCAAACCCCAAGUAAGCAGUUCCUCAAAGAGCUACAUAAAUCUUUCAAGGGUUGGCCAUAUUAGAGACACACAACCUUUGGAUACAUGGGAGUCAGUUAUGCGCUAUGUUAGGUGUCACAUCUUCUGUCUGUUGGGUACCACCCUCUUCGUGGACAAGUCAACAGUAUAUUUCCACGCGAAAUAUCUACCACUGCUCCAGAAUUUUGAUCAGAUCAGCAAUUACAGUUGGGGGUCAGCUUGUCUUGCAAACCUUUACAGGUCACUGUGUCGUGCAUCACGGUACAAUUGCAAGGAGAUGGAUGGGCCACUAGACUUGUUGUUUGUUUGGGCGUGGGAGCGUAUGCCAAAGCUUGCACCCAUUCCCCGACACCAGCUUGCGCUGGCUGAGAUACUAGUGGCACGCAGAUGGAGUCAUCAUCCACAGGCCCGAAAAUGGAUGGCUAGGAUUCAGGCAAACAUUAGGCAUGCAAUCAACAUUAUGGAAGAGUUUGUAUGGAGGCUGUAUAUCGGCAUCAUCAUUCCUGCCGAACUACAUGCACACCUUGAUGUCUGUGACAUGGUGGGGCCGUUGGUGUCAUUCGAGUGUGUUGAAUGA